UUUCCCCCGCCCUGAGGUCUACUCACGGCAUCUUUCCCCGUCUAUAUUUCUGCCCCUCCAAGAAGGCAUGGUACCUCCACAAGCGUAAUCUCAUCUCUCCUACCCUGACAUUUGUUCACGAGAGAGCUUCCUGGCCUAUAUUUCUGCCAUCCCGAGAAACACAGGCCAAGCUCGGCUAAACACUCGACAAAGAUGUCUUUCAAGCAAGCAAAGAAGGCCUUUGGCCUCGCUAAGAUACACAUCGCCGUACUCGAGAGAAACUUUGCAGAGGUUGCUCGACUCUUGAACCGAAGCAAAGACAACGUCAACAAGCAGGAUCGCAUGGGCGCCACCCCGCUCCACUAUGCUGUCACGCUCGGCUACCUAGACAUCGUGAGCCUGCUGCUGAGCAAGAGGGCUUCGUUUCUUGUCGAGGAUCUCAAAAAACAAACGGCGUUGUUUUACGCAAGAUCUAGUGCAGCCCGCACAAGAUUGCUACGCAUUUAUGAGCGGCUCGGAGUUCCGCUGAAGCCUACCAGGUCGAUGAGACAAGACAUAGCUCACCUGUUACGAGAACCAGAAGCCCUCCGGGCCAUGCUGGCGCGGAAGGACCACCCGUUGUCUUCGUCGGUCGUACUCAGAAACAAGACACACAUCUCAAUUAUCGGGAAGGGGAGAGUUAAUGUAAACGUGGGCUAUGAUAUCGUGGAUUCGACCUUCGGGUUUUUAUCCGGAUAUGGAGAUUCUUUGCCCACCCCUGGAAUGAUGGUAAUUUCGGGUUGGAGAGAUCUGACGCGGGUAUCUCUCGACAUCAUUCCGAACGGAAUAUUUACAGAAUUGGUGCGAACUGCAGCGAAGAUUCUCGAUUUCAAAUUGUGGAAACAGUCUUGGGACAGCCCUGGCCAAAAAGUCGUCCAUCGCGAUGAUGUCGGGAGAUAUUUAGCCUCGCAGUAAGUGCCCCUUCCACGCUUCUUAAUGGCUGUCUUCCGACUAACACUCGAACUUGACAGUGUCGAGAAAAAGCUCUCGACGGCUUGGAUUAUAAAGCUAUUGAAUGAGAAGUUCAAUACGGUCGACCUGGAGCGUAUGUCCGAGUUGAAAACAUUGGACCUGCCAGGCAAUAAAUCGAAGGUCAAGAUCUUUUUAGAUCACAACCCGUGUUCUAGGUGAGCACUAUUC